UUGCAUCUGUCUAUUCUUGGAGGUUGGAAUAUUGAAUUCUGUUGGAAGGAACACCCUCUCUCUGUCAUAAAGAGUCCUUAGCAACCGAUCUGUUGAGGCCACAGACAGGGAGAGUAGAGACCACAGUCUUUAAGUCUUGCUGGUGCAGAUAAACUGGUCUGAGGAAGCCGAGGAACCAAAUCCAGCGGCACCGUUCAGGCCUUGGCCAUCAUGUCUAUUGCAUACCGAGAGCCCCUCUCUGCCACAGUGGGAAAACGCAUGAUUUUUACAGGCCCAGAUUAUAAAAAGGAUUAUCUACCUAGAGUUCAGCAGCACUUCCCGUACAUAGGAGAAUUGCGUCCGGCAUUAGAGAGAUCUGGAGACGUCGGCUACCUAUGGAGGCCUGCCUCACACUGCAGCUGCCCAGCCCAAUACAAGCACGUGCAUGUUGGUGAAGUUGGCUGGGGAGUAUCGGCCUAUGAUUUUAUCAACAAAACGAGGCUCGAGAGUGGCUUUCACAUCAAGCAUAAAGAACUAAGAGGAGCUGCUGGUGAAGCAAUAUACCACAGAUACCAAAACCCAUGGCAACCCAAACCUUUUAUUAUGGACACGCUAGGAAAAUUCAGCCGUGGCCGGAUCGCCUGGAAUAUGGGUGAUUAUGAGAACACCGACCAGAGAGACUCCAGAGGGGCCACCCUCGUCAGACAGGCCAAGGCAGCACCGCCUGGAGACUCCAGACCAUGGAAGCAGCCAAUGCCACCGAAAAAGGAGGAGGUAGGAGCAUUUGCUUUUAUGACUCAUCAUAGAAGACACAAGGCUCUUUCAGUCUACGAAUUAGAGAAUGCUAUUCAACAGUAAUAUAGCAACUAAGGUUUUCCAGCUGCUUUUAACCUAUCAAAACAUUUUGUAAUUGAUACUGGAUUUCCACAGUAGCAUCUGCCCUGUGGGUA